ACCUUCUUUUUCUCGGCUCGCGCAGUCGACGAUUCAAGGUUUGGACGAUGCCAUCAAUCAUGGAUCUACUACCGGUUGCACUAGCUUUUGCAGCCAUUGUGGGCGGCUUUCUUUUCUUCCGCAGCGGCAGCGCUGGGUCCCGGAAGGUGCUCAAGCCGACUGAGUUCCAAGAGUUCGAACUCGAGCACAAGGAGGUGCUGUCACACAACACAGCUAUCUACCGCUUCAAGCUCCCGCGCCCAACCGACAUUCUUGGUCUCCCCAUCGGUCAGCACAUCUCCCUCGCCGCUACCAUUGACGGCCAGCCCAAGGAAGUCGUACGUUCGUACACGCCUAUCACAUCGGAUGAGGACAAGGGUCACGUCGACUUGCUCAUCAAGUCGUACCCCACGGGCAACAUCUCCAAGCAUGUUGCGAAUCUGCGCAUCGGUGACAAGAUGAAGAUCAAGGGGCCCAAGGGCGCCAUGGUAUACACACCCAAUAUGGUCAGACACUUUGGUAUGAUUGCCGGUGGAACUGGUAUCACACCCAUGCUACAGGUUGCAAAAGCCAUCAUGCGUGGCCGCGCGUCAGGUGACCGCACCGAAGUCGAUCUCAUCUUUGCAAACGUAAACCCCGAAGACAUCCUGCUCAAGAACGACCUCGACUCUCUGGCUGCCAAAGACCCUAAGUUUAGGGUACACUACGUGCUCAACAACCCACCUGAGGGAUGGACCGGUGGCGUCGGCUUCGUGUCGGCUGAUAUGAUCAAGGAGAAGCUUCCGGCUCCUGCAAGCGACAUCAAGAUCCUGAUCUGUGGACCCCCGCCCAUGGUUGCAGCCAUGAAGAAGGCGACAGAGAGCCUCGGAUACACAAAGGCAAGGCCUGUCAGCAAGCUUGAAGACCAAGUCUUCUGCUUCUAAACUGAGAGGACAAUGAAUAGGAAGUACCAAGCCAACCACACGAAGAAGGCCCAUCUGGCAAUGAUUGGUUAAAAACAUUAAAUCAUAUAUUGUACAAAAGCCCAAACUGAGUCUCCUCCCGGGGGCAAUCAAGUCUCUGCUGGAUGAUUCAAUCAUAUGUCUAAAAGCGAGAAGAAAUAAUCGUUCCAAGAUAAUAUUGGUUCGACUCGGUUCGUUCGUGUUACUCAUCCCUUCCCCAAAAAGACGAAUCAAAGUUUGCAAUUCAGCACCAACCCACCCGACUAACUAGGCCGGCCUCAAUCCAAUUCAAGCAACCUCUGCCCCUCACUCCUUUACUCCCAAAUGAACGCCUGCUCAAGAUGCUAAAAAAAACUUGCAUGCGAAUGUUAUGACAUCGCUUAAUCCCCCGAGUUUUUUGUGUGAGCCCACCGCGCUUUCCCAAUGCUUUGUGAAAAAAAAACCCUAAGAUGCAAAGUUUGACAAUAGCUGAUAGAUGCUUAGAAGAAGAGAGAAGACGUAGAGAAGAAGUUAGACGCGUAUACAGGGUCCAAGAACUAGCCCAAAAUGAAUUGGGUACUGAUGAAGCGCUUGAACGUCGACGAAGCUCAGGAGUUUCGUGUUGGUGGGACGAAUAGUGAGGGAGGGAUAUAAGAAGCUGGGAAGCCCAUGCACCAUACACCCAAAACCAAAUAAAGGGUUGCAAGUUCGUCGUUGUGCAAGAAAUUCAAUCAAUCAAUCAAUGAUCAUCCUCACUACUCCACCCACCAUCAUCUUCUUGAUCUAAACUCUCCAUGACCUCUUUGAUGACGCCAUGGCUUUUUGGAUCCAAAUUCAUAGCAAUAGUGAGAUGGCGGAUAGCGCUAGCGCGUUCCCUAAGUUUCUUGUAGCAGCGUCCGAGUAAGAAGUGGAUAUUCGGGUCAUCUGGAGCAGCGUCUUUGAGGUAGAGUAGUUCGUGAAGUGCUUCCUGCGGUGCGUUGAGUUUGAGUAGGACUUGAGAUUUGCGGAAGCGGGCCAUGAUUGAGCGAGGGUCGAUGCGGAUAGCAUUUUCAAAUUGCAUGAGUGCGGGUUCGAUUUUCUUCAUGCGGUCGAGGACC